AUUCCCAUCUGGCCAAUAGUUUCUCCCUUCCUCUGCCCACCCUUUUUUUCUCUCUUCCCACACGUGAAGCUUCUCAACAAAAUUCUCUCAAAUUGGCUUCGCUUAUACUCAAUCUUUAAGCUGCUAGCUUAAACAAAACCAAUCAGCUUGUAUGGCAGUUUGGUCCUCCGAUUAGUUAGACUUAGACUCAUUCCUCUGCCUAAUACACAUUGGAAAACAUUUCUGUUGUGUUUUUUGUUCUGCUACGACAUUGUGGGUCAGAACCGAACGAGGUUCUUUAUCCCUUUAAGAGGUGCUUCUAUUCUUAUCUCAGAAGACAAGUAGGAGAGGGAUUAUUAUUUGUUUUGUUUUGAUCUUCUCUUCAAAGCGAGAAAUUCCCAUGAUGAAUAAAGGCUUGGUGAGAAUGAAGCGGAACACGGCGGCCGGAAACGGGACGAUGUUGUCUCCGGCGAAGAAUGGCGACGGCGGCGCGUCGGGGUGGGAGGUUAGGCCAUGUGGAAUGUUAGUACAGAAAAGAAGUUCAGAUUUUAAUCAAAGUGUAAAGUAUGGUUCAUCUCACCAUGAAGUCUACAUUCAUUCCCAAGCAAAUCUUGGGGAUCAAAUGAACAGAGAAAAGAGGUGUCCUGAAAUGUGCAGAACUGUGAAAAUGGAGAACUCAUCCAAGGAAAUCACAGAUAUCAGAUUGGAAAUUGACAAGCUUGCAAAGCAGGUUGGAAAUGUUGAAAUGGACAUCUAUGGUGGCAAGAAAGUGGCAGAAAUGGCAAUAUUGAACAUGAUUGAACUAUUUAUGACACAACUCAUAAAAUUAGAUGGAGUUUCUGGUGAUGGUGAUGUGAAAUUACAGAGAAGGAUGCAGGUGAAGAGGGUGCAGAAGUACAUUGAAAAUCUUGAUAUGCUAAAGAUAAGAAACUCAACACUGGGAAGCAAUAAUGCCAGGGUGGCAGCUCAAUUCCAGCAAGUGCACAACAAGUUAGCUGGCAGAAAUAAUGAAGGGCCUGUUAGAGUGACAGCAAAAUGGGAAAACUUUUGAAAUCAUGGCAAACACAAAUUUGGUUCCAAAAAUGGACAGUUAAUGAAGCACUAAUACACUAAUGAUGCCUAUAGUGUGGUUUUGGAUAUGGGUGUACACUGGGAUUUAUGUAUACAUUGUCCCAUCCCUUUGUUUUCUUAUUUGUAUAAUACGGGGUAAUAAACUUUUUUAGGCCUUUUGAUUAUGGGCAUUAGAAGAUAUUGUAUGGUGACCAUUUGAGUUCCAAGUUGUGUAAAUGUAUAUAUAGCAUGAUGGUUAAGUCUUUACUCA